CAGGCUUAGAUAUACAUAUAGGUAUAUUUUACUGUUAUGACCACAACCCUCGUUGUCCUGAUGCCUUUGUUCAACAAGAAAUUCGAAUCGAAACCGAUUCCAGCUCGUAUUAACCGCUGUAACAUUGGUUUUCCCGUUAUCAAUGAGGAUAUUGAGGAUUUUCGUAGUAUAUCCUUGAGCUUGGGCAACAAGGAGCUGCGAUUUGCGGAUGGUAUAUGGAUGCAUUCGGCGAGAAAGGGGGAUGUUGAUGAUAUGCUGCGUUUGAAUAAGAAAUUUCGUGCCUUGGAGGAGGAGAAUAAUAUGUGCAAUCUAAAGAUUGAAGUCAUGUUGGAUUUGUUAGCGGAGCAAGCAACAGAACAAGCAACGGAACAGCAGGCAAAGGAGAAGUAGCUAAACUACAGGUGCAUUUAAGGAUUGUACUGAAGUCUAGACAGGGGUGGUUUUUUCUUCUAACAAAGUGGAAUAUUUACGAGUGCAUGUAUGUACUGGUUAGGGAUGAUCGAAAUUGGAAAGAGAACCCAACAUGACUUAUAUAAAAAUAGUUUUCUGUUCUUAAAAACCUAUCAUGUUAAACCUGCUUUCUCUUGUUUGAAUAGCACAAGUAAAGGGUUAAUGGAAUUAUCAUUCAGUUCAGUUCUAUAAGAUACAAUUCUAUGGAAUAAAACACAAUUGAACUCUAUUUAAGGUAGUAACACUAACAUCGUUCAGAAUUAUCCAGGAUCCCCUUUAAUGCAUUCCACCUUUAACUACAAAUUUAUAACACUCUUUGUAUUGUCUGUAUUUUUAUCUAUGGUAUAAAGUAUAACGCUCUAACU